GUCCAUAUAAAUUCUCAAAGACCGAAGGAGUUUCUCUAGCACUUGGUGACUCCUCCUUCCAUGUCAAUAUCAGGUGCCAUGUCUUAACUUGAUGCAAGCUCAGGCCACAGAUUGAACCAUGGCUUCUUUUGGAGAAUUGGUGUCAUAUCUAAGGAAAGGCAAAGCUGCAGUCAGUGUCAGUGAGAUAGAGGCACUGUAUGAAUUAUUUAAGAAGAUCAGCAGUGCUGUGAUUGAUGAUAGGCUUAUCAACAAGGAAGAGUUUCAACUUGCACUAUUUAAGACAAAUAAAAAGGAGAGCUUGUUUGCUGAUCGGGUAUUUGACUUGUUUGACACAAAGCAAAAUGGGAUAUUAGAUUUUGAGGAGUUUGCACGCUCUCUUUCAGUCUUUCACCCAAAUGCUCCGAUUGAUGAUAAGAUUGAAUGUAACCAUCUUUCUUUUUACUUCUUAUUUCUUCUUUACGCCGUUGUUUCAUGCAUAUACUCCUUGUUGACAUUUAAUUAUUGUGGCCUGUGGUUGAACUUGCCUUAA